AUGCCCUGUUGUCCCAUUUCACUCCAGACUAAGGAGAAUGUGCUCACACUUCUGCGUGUUGGAGACCUUCUCCUAAGGGAAAAGUUGUAUGUGGUGCAGAACAAACCAUUGUCACCUCAAGGGAUCAGGGAUGUCUUAGUGAUAACGCGUCGUAUUACUGAAAUUACAUUUGUGGUGCCAGACAAUCAGCACGUGGUCAUGUCCGAUGCUGUCAAGGGGGUGAUGCAUGUGAUUACUGAGGGCGGAAAACAAUGGCCCCUUCUACACAGGGUCAAAUACCUCACUGAAGGACUGAAUCUUACUGCCCUGGAUUUCAACAAGGUUUUGCUGGAAGUUACACCUGGAUACAAAGCUUCCACAGAAGACCAAAAGAUUGCAUCCCCUGAAAUGCGAGAAUGGUUUACUUUCAAGUUGCAGACACUAGACAGAGAAUACCAGACAGAGCGUCAGAUGUUUAUUCCUCAUCAGCUUGAGAUAACGACACCACUCCUAGAACAGCAGAUAAUUCAAAUGGACCGCACACAGAACAAUAUGCAGGGAAUGUGGACUGCUGUACACAGCUACUACAAAGAAUUAGACAAUUGUACAUGUAGCACAAGCAGUUUAUGA